CUUUUCCAGGUUAUUGAGAAGAAGAACAAGCCUCACAUUCAGCUGGAUAUUGGAGCAGGUCAAUUGAAGACUUUUGCCCCUGAGGAAAUCUCUGCAAUGAUUCUGACUAAAAUGAAGGAAACUGCAGAGGCUUACCUGGGACAGAAGGUCACACAUGCUGUGGUCACUGUGCCCGCUUAUUUCAACGACGCCCAGCGCCAGGCCACCAAAGACGCAGGAACCAUCGCUGGUCUGAACGUAAUGAGGAUCAUCAAUGAGCCAACUGCCGCCGCAAUUGCUUAUGGUCUGGACAAGAAGGACGGCAAGAAGAACAUCCUGGUGAUCGAUCUGGGCGGCGGCACCUUCGACGUGUCACUGCUGACCAUCGACAACGGCGUGUUCGAGGUAGUGGCCACCAACGGAGACACUCACCUGGGUGGGGAAGAUUUCAACCAGCGCAUCGUGGAGCACUUCAUCGAGCUGUACAAGAAGAAAACUGGGAAGGACGUGCGCAAGAACAACCGUGCCGUGCAGAAGCUGCGCCGUGAGGUGGAGAGGGCUAAGAGUGCCUUGUCCACCCAGCACCUAGCACACAUUGAGAUAGAGUCUUUUUUUGAGGGUAAAGACUUCUCUGAAACUCUGACCCGUGCCAAGUUUGAGGACCUCAACAUGGAUUUGUUCAACUCCACCAUGAAACAAGUGCAGAAGGUUCUGGAAGAUUCUGACCUGAAGAAGUCUGACAUUGAUGAGAUCGUCUUGGUUGGCGGCUCCACUCGAAUCCCCAAGAUCCAGCAGCUGGUAAAAAAGUUCUUCAACGGCAAAGAACUUUCUAAAGAAAUCAACCCCAAAGAGGCCGUGGCAUAUGGAGCCGCCGUUCAGGCCGGAGUUCUGUCAAGACAAGAGGACACCGGUGAGUCUGUCUCCACAUCAAGAAGCUGCCCUAAACACAUCUUUGUACUCUUUCAAACAUGAAUUGUACAAAUGUAG